CCAUGAUAUAACAAUGCGUGUUUCGUCGGCACCAAUUGGACGCCUUUUAUCGAUAUGUUUUAUAAGCCUUAUCUUCUUCGCCGUCUAUACAAUAUAUAUAGAGUUUGUGUGUAUGCCUUACUUCCAGUUUGACGUGGAUGUUCAAUACCGGCGUCUUAGUUUGCAAUAUGAGGGAUUAAGAGAACUUGUGAACUUUCAUUUCUUAGUGUUGAUGUUACUUUGGUCUUUUAUUACGACUGCUAUAACAGACCCAGGUUACAUACCCGAUAAAUGGAAAGCUGAUAACACUGCUAUAUAUAACUGUAAAGAGCGCAAUGAAAACGGCGAACUUAGAUAUUGUGAAUAUGAAGAUUGUUACAAGCCUGAUCGUGCCCACUACUGCCGACAACUUGGGAGGAAUGUUCUGAAAAUGGACCAUUACUGUCAUUGGAUGGCUAACUGCAUUGGAUUUUACAAUUACAAGUUCUUUUUUCUUACGUUAUUCUAUACAAACGUUGGGAGUUUCUACAUACUGAGAAACAUAUAUGCAACCUUUUGCCAAUCUUAUAUCGAUCCCAACGCCUCGUUUAACCAACUGUUUUAUUUGGCAUUAAUCAGCACGGUUCUUGUCGUAAUCAUCUUAGUAUUGCUACCUUUUAUGUGCUUUCACUUGUGGCUGAUUUCGAUAAACAAGACGACUAUCGAGUUUUGUGAAUUUACUCCAUCUGGGUCAUACAACUACAACCUCGGGACUUUGGAAAAUUUCAAAGCCGUAUUUGGAAGCAAUCCUCUGUACUGGUUCAUACCCUGUGGUUCCCCAAUAGGCGACGGACUGAAUUACCCGGAUGGUAUAAAGUACUGCACCUUUAUCGCUUGAU